AUGAGCACCAAGAAACGGAGACGCUCUGAAGUGGUAGAUCCAGAGUUAGAGAUGAGCACAAAUCGGGUGUGUAGGAUCACGUACCAUGUCGACGAACGAGUGUUCGAUCGCGUCUUCAAUGAGGACAGCCUUGAUGAUAUGCGCGCUGUUAUUCUCAAGAAACUGGGGUUACCUGAUGCACAGCUGGGACUGUCUCAGCUUCGCGAUGACACUGAAGUGGAUCUCGAAGAUGAUGAUGACUUCACGUCCCUAAAAGCACAGGCUCAAGUUGACAAUCGUAUUGAUGUGCUUGUUACGGUACUGGAUGCUCCUGUUGACUGGUCCUUCUCACGCUCUGCGACACCCGCGCCGGAUGUGCCGUUCGAGCAAGGGCGGUCGGUGGAGCCGGUGGCGGCAACACGCCGUCGAUCCCUAUCCUUCGGGAAUCAAAGCCGCCCAUCUUUGCCUGCCGUUGCCAAUCUCAUGCGCGCAAAAAACCUAAUACCUCAUGGUGCUGCUGGUUUUGACGACGACGACGAUAACGCCGAUGAAGAGCGCGAGGAGCCAACUCUGGGCGAGCGCGCCAACCGAGCCAAGAAAAGGAUCAGCAUGGGUUUACAGGAUGUUAGCCGUGCGGCCGUGCAGGUUACGGCAAUGAUUCAAGACACUGCGAAGAAACCUGUGCCUUCGGGGAAGAACAUUACUCGUCCGACGAAGUCGACCGCGAAUGCUGCGAAAGACAACAGCCUUGUUCAAGAAGCUGAAACCUCUAUGACUAGUCUGGUACAUACUGCUGUACAGGCUGGACAGACCGCUGCUACUGCUGUGAAAGAGCUUGGUCGCAAGGCUGCGAAUACUGUAGCCGACGCUACAACGGCUACGAAGCGUGCAAUACAGCCUGUAGAAGAGGAACCUCCAGCGAAGCGACGGAAGAAGAAGCACAAUCCUCAAGAUACGGAUACUCCGGCACAAGACGCAGUCAGACCGGUCGAACCGCCUACGAAGGAGAAGCUGAAAGCUCGAAAACGGAAAAACGACCUCCCUGUCCCCCUCGAAAACACCCCCACAGAGCCACCUCCGAAGGAACCAGCCCCCAUAGGCGACGGACCUCAGCCGAAGGAAAAACGAAAGAGGAAGAAGAAACUAUCUGAACCCGCCGAAGCUACAGCUCCCACACCUAUAACCCUGGCCCCCAGACCAGAGGGGGCAGCCUCCGGGGCAGACGUGUCCUCUCUCGACCCCGUAGCUCGGAUUCUUGCUCGUGAAGCGAUGCGGAAGAAACAGCAGGAGGACAAGCAAGCUGAACAAGAUAAGAAGAAGGCUGAAAAAUCGGCUGGAUCAGACGCGAAGCCUUCCGAGAAGAAGAAGCCUAAAGGGGUUGAGAAGACUGGGGGCGCACAACCGAAUCAGGAGGGCGAAAGCGAUCAAACUCCCCUUACAUCGACGGAACCUGUGAAUGGAGUGGCUCUUGAUGGCGUUGUGGCGCACGCGGAGCCCGCAAUUACUGGUGCUGCUGGGGGAAGAAAGGACAAAAAGAAACGCGCGAAAAAGUCCAAUGCAGAUUUCACUGGAGCUGAACCCCCUGUGGAUGAUGCAGCACAUCAAACCGUGCCUGAGCAGGAACUGAAGAAACCCAACAAGAAAAAGAAAGAUGCUUCACAGGAACAACCUCCAAACAGCCCCGCCAACAACUCAGUGCGCUCUCCGGACCAGCCUCAAAGCAAUGAAUCACGGAUUGACGCCGUUGUCCACGUUCGGCCAAAGAGGAAACAGGGAGCGAGAGCCGAAAGAAUCGAAGCUGCGCAGAAAAAGAUCAUUCCGUCGAUAGAACCUCAUUCCAAGGAACGGGAAGUUGACGAAGGAGAAGUGCACGUGGAGGUACAUGGCAACAAUCAUGAGGCUCCCAUCAACACUACAACUCUGACAGACACACCCCGACCUUCACCAUUUUUAGAACGUCUCGUUCAAACAAGCACUCCUACUCAACAUACACCCAUACCCCGCCGUUCACCAAUUAAUUGUCUUGGUUUUCCCGCGCAACUCCUGCGCCUUAAUCCUGUCGCAUCGGGAACUCCUACGAGCGCAUCCGGCCGAUUUCAGACCGCCCUUGCUCGUGCUGCGAUGUCCAUCGGUGACGAAGCUGUCCCGGAUGAUAUCACCAACUUUAGUCAACCUUUAUCGAAUUCGCAGCCUUCAGUCCCCAGGAUACUUGAGACCCCUUGUACCUCUACAUCGAAGGGCAAACUAAUGCGCCCUCUAUCCCAACUUCCUCGACCAAGUCUCACAAAGACGCCCGGGUGGAACAGUGGGUCAUCGAGCCCCACCGGUCCACCGGUUCCUAGCCCUGCUGCUGUUGUCGCCCCGGCAUCAAAAGUCCGUGACCCAAGACACGCCCCAACUAGCCCUUCACUCGGUGCUCGUACCCCUCCGCCACCUGUUAGUUCUUUGCCCACAUGGACUCACUUGCCCCAAGAUCCCAGCCCAGCAACGGAAUCCUCCGCCUCACUAGUGGACCAGUUGCGCAGCAGCUCAGCUGCUCUCGGCGAGGAAAUCUCUCGGCCUGAUAGUACCGUUACCCGAGACGAAGAAAUGGAGGUUGAGCUUGCCACUCAAGGAGAGCGUUUUGAUUUCUUGGACCGACUGGACGUACAGAUGGAGGACAGUACAACCAGUUCACGGACAAAGGCUGAUGACGAUGCAAAUGAUACCGAUGAUGAAGACUUGACUGCCCCACGGGUCAUCAGCUCUAAUGUUCUAGCGCCACCCGCUCCGAUUAUCGGCAGCGUAAAUCAGGAGUCACGCCGACCCUCCCAAGAACAGCAACGGAGAGGCAGCCAACAGAGCAAGCCCAAAUCUGAUUCGUCCCUCGUCUCCUAUCCUUCCAUCCCGACACCGAAAGCAGCCAGUCAACCGCUCUUCCGUCCAGACACACAACUUCCUUCUCAAUUCCAAUCGUUGCCUGCCAGCUCGCAGGAGGAUACGGGGGUCUUUGGCCUGGCGAGCCAGUAUAUUGGUCUAUCUCAACUGAGCAAAGACAAGUUGCGUCAAAGCAUGUCUCAAAACUCGGCGACGAACACUCGCAGGGCGACAUCGACGCCCAAGCUCAACGUGAAGCCGAAAGAACUGGAGAGUGAGACUGACGAGGAAGACGACGAGGAAGACGACAGUGACGUGGAGCAGAGCAUACUUCCCAGGGACCGACUCGCUGGAGCUAAAAAGGCAGGAAAGGGCAGAGCGGCUGCCAAGUUUUUCUAG